AUGCCAGUCCCCAACAAGCCUGUCGGGAUUGGCCGCUCUCAAAGCUGGGACGCCGCCGGCUGGUAUGACGGUACUUGGGGACACAAUGGCACCCUGGAGUACCCCAGACCCUCCCCCAGCAGAAGGAGCUCCCUGACGCCCGGCAGCCAGCCUGCCUGGUACGAGCAACCGCCAUACGUCCGGGGGCCGGAGAUGGGCACGCAGGGGGGCCCAGAGCUGAGGCCGGAGCCCUACCUGUACCCGGACAUAGCAUUUGGGGCCGGCCCCCCCCGCAAGAGUUCUGCCCCCGACUUCGUGUUCUACGACAGCAGGCAGGUGGCGAUGUCUGGCCGGACGUCUCUGCCCUCACAGGACUUCUAUGGUGACCCCCCCUUGGCGGCAGGCCGAUCUCCAAAGGAUCCUCCCUACGUAAGGGACCCAAUAGCGAGCCGGCCGGGGCUGCAUUAUGGGAUAGCCGGAAGCCACUCGGCCUGGGAGCAGCCCCAAGGCCGGUCGCCCGGCGCCUCCACAGCCGGGCCGCUCUACCGGGACGCCAGGGGCAGGAUGAUCCCCGAGGGCCAGCGGGCGCGCGGCCACGACCCCUCAGCCUACCCCUGCCGGCCCCUGCUCAAUGACGUGGCCAGGCAGACGGCACCAACGUGCCUGGUGGUGGACCCCAAUGUGGCGGAGGGAGGCCGGGGCUACGGGCAGGCCCAGGAACCCCUCCACGCCAAGAUGGCCUACGAUCCCUACGAGCCCAGCCAGCAGGACGGUAAGCGGGCUGUGGAGCCGGGCUUUGUGGCCCUGCUGAGGACCGAAGGGGUAUCGGAGAGCACCAUCGGUGCGCUACUCCAGCAGGGCUUCGACUGCCCCAACGUGCUGGCCGUGAUGGAGGAGAACGACGUGAAGUCCGUCGCCCCCAACCUGGGCCAGGCGCGUGUCCUGUCCCGGCUGGCCAGUCACUGCCGGGCCGAGCUGCAGCUGCAGAGGCAGGACCGCCCGGGGGCCGCCCCCCGUCCCAGGACCCGCUCCAACAGCUUCAGCCAUCGCAGCGACCUGGCAUCCGACUACGCAGGGCCACCCGGGCUGGGCACCCUCGGGGGCACCACCGUGCCGCCUGCACCCGUCUUCCCCCUGCAGGCGGCCUCUCCCCGGGCGGAGGCAGCACGGAGACCCUCCAGCGCACCCUCCCAGCACCUUCUCGAGACGGCCACCUACUCGGCCGCUGCCAUGGCCCAGCCCAACCCCGGCUACGGCUCUCCCGUGCCGGGCCCCGUCGGCGCCCGCCUGGGACCCUCUUAUUCCCCCCAGGCCGGGAUCGCCAUGACCACCACGGCCCAGCCCAACGUCCAUCCGAGUCCCAAGACGGCCUACUCCACCACGUACACCGUGCCCAUGGAGCUGAUGAAGCGUGACCGCAGCACCGCCACCGCCGCCGCGUCUCCUGUGCACAGCCCCCACGGCAGCCCCCAGCUUCUGCGGAAACUGGGGACCCCGAUGGAGGGCAGCCAGAGCCUGCACACGCCUCACUCCCCCUACCAGAAGGUGGCCCGGCGCACAGGAGCCCCCAUCAUCGUGUCCACCAUGAUGUCCCCCGACCCAAGCAUCCGGCCUCAGAUCAUGAACGGCCCCCUGCACCCGCGCCCCCUGGUGGCCCUGCUCGACGGGCGCGACUGCACAGUGGAGAUGCCCAUCCUGAAGGACCUGGCCACCGUGGCCUUCUGCGAUGCCCAGUCCACGCAGGAGAUCCACGAGAAGGUGCUGAACGAGGCCGUGGGCGCCAUGAUGUACCACACGAUCACCCUGACGCGGGAGGACCUGGAGAAGUUCAAGGCGCUGCGCGUCAUCGUGCGCAUCGGCAGCGGCUACGACAACGUAGACAUCAAGGCGGCCGGAGAGCUCGGAAUCGCCGUGUGCAACAUCCCGUCUGCCGCGGUGGAGGAGACGGCCGACUCCACCCUGUGCCACAUCCUGAACCUGUACCGGCGCAACACGUGGCUGUACCAGGCCCUGCGCGAGGGCACCCGCGUCCAGAGCGUGGAACAGAUCCGGGAGGUGGCCUCAGGGGCCGCGCGCAUCCGCGGGGAGACGCUGGGCCUCAUAGGCUUCGGUCGCAGCGGGCAGGCCGUCGCCGUCCGAGCCAAGGCCUUUGGCUUCAGUGUCAUAUUCUACGACCCCUACUUGCAGGACGGCAUCGAGCGCUCGCUGGGCGUCCAGCGGAUCUACACGCUGCAGGACCUGCUCUACCAGAGCGACUGCGUGUCCCUGCACUGCAACCUCAACGAGCACAACCACCACCUCAUCAACGACUUCACCAUCAAGCAGAUGAGGCAGGGGGCCUUCCUGGUGAACGCGGCCCGCGGUGGACUGGUGGACGAGAAGGCCUUGGCGCAGGCCCUCAAGGAGGGGAGGAUACGAGGGGCCGCCCUGGACGUGCACGAGUCUGAACCGUUCAGCUUCGCUCAGGGCCCCCUGAAGGACGCCCCAAACCUCAUCUGCACCCCGCACACAGCCUGGUACAGCGAGCAGGCGUCACUGGAGAUGCGGGAGGCGGCUGCCACCGAGAUCCGUCGUGCCAUUACAGGCCGCAUCCCGGACAGCCUGAGGAACUGCGUGAACAAGGAAUUCUUUGUCACCUCGGCUCCCUGGUCCGUCAUGGACCAACAGGCCAUCCAUCCAGAGCUCAAUGGCGCCACCUACAGAUACCCGCCUGGCAUCGUCAGCGUCACGCCUGGAGGCAUCCCCGCGGCCAUGGAGGGCAUCAUCCCCGGAGGUAUUCCUGUGACUCACAAUCUCCCCACAGUGGCCCAUCCUUCCCAAGCGCCCUCUCCUAACCAGCCCACCAAACACGGGGACAACAGAGAGCACCCCAAUGAGCAAUAGCAGAUAAUUUAACCCGAAUAAUCAUUCUCACAAACUUGGGACCAAGAGACAGUGAACAAUCCACAAGGAACUCCGAGGAAAGGAAUUGGACGCAGAACCCCCACGCGGGGCCUGGACGGAGAACGCCAUCCACGUUGCAGUGUUAAACGAGGAAAGCCAAAGGCGAGACUUGGGGGAAGCCCGGAAAUCGUCCCCUCUGCUUCCAAGUGCUGACCUGAACACCCAACUUCUGUUACUGUGUGUUACGUUUUUUUCAUCUGUGCACCAAUCACAAGAAUAAAUCGAUCUUUUUCCUUUCUCAACCCCUCGGGAACGGCAGGUCCCGAACAUCUGCGUUAGAGCGUUGCAUCAAGAGAUCCAACCAUCAGAAUAGGAAAUGCCGAGAGGAAACCUUCGUCGUAGGACUCGGCCUCUUCUGUCCGCUCGUGGCUGGUUCCCUCUCCGGCUAGGAGGAGGAGAACUCUGUGGCAAAGAUGAGGAGAAGACGGCCGAGGUUCCUGGGUAGACAGCGAAACCUACGGCUGCCUCGUCCGAACUCUGCACACACAUACACACACACACACACACACCCCCUGAGCGGUUGGCUGUAAAAGCUACGUAAAACCCUCUAAUGAUGCAAAAAAAAAAAAAAAAAAGAAAAAAAAAAAGAAAAAAGUAUUAAAUUUCACAAGCUGUUUGUACUCAAAUAUAUUUUCUCAGUUUCAGAUCCUCAGCUAUUUUAUUGAGUGGAAAGUCUUGAGCCGAAAGAGUUCAAGAAGAAUAAUGUUGCAUUUCCUUAUGUCUCAGGAAACACUUUUUAUGGUAAUUUGUCAGAUUGUCUAUGAACAAAACCCACUUUUUUAGACAUUGAUAAAAAGUCUUCUUUUCUUCACGUGAUAUUUUAUACAAGAACACUUCAGAUGUGUUAUUAGGUGUGACUGAUUUUAACAAAUCCUAUUAGAUUUGUAUCAACUAGUUACAUGUUAUAUUCAUAGUCUUUUGUGAAUCAUCGCCUUUUUGUUUUAAAAGAUGGCCUAUUUUGAGCCUUUGUAUAGGUACAUUCCUGUUUCUGUGACAAAAAGAAAUCUUUAAAACUGUCCCCAAACAGAAAAGCAAUCAUGGCUAUCAGCAGUAUGUUCUGUUUUAGUGUGUUCCCCGUUCUUGUAUUUGUUUAUUGUAAAGGUGGACAUUUAGCGUUCAGUGCAGUUUUCAAUAAAAAGUGAUCAAAACUUCUGUUAAAUUCUGCAAGUCAAGUCCCUUUGGGCCAUUUUAACUUUGGAGGGGAAAAAAAGCCCGCUGACGUUCCAGCUCUUUCCUAUCCCUUAACGUUAAGAAAGGCAUUGGCCCAGACCAUUCGACUUGGCCUUUUGGCAACUUUUUAUUAAGAAAACCAUCCCCGUGAUGCUGUGGCAUUCCGGUGACUCCUGGCCAUCACUUUAUGCUGGUGGUGUUUGUCCCUGUUGGAAUCGGCUGUGAGGACGGAGGACACACAGAUAAAAUAAGACCGCCCAGAGACUCCAUUCCCUAUGCAGAUGAUUAGCUAACAAACUUUUACUACCUUAAGAGCAUUUCAAAUGAACCUCUCAAAUGUGUCAUCACUGAAAUCUUCAAGGUAUUUUAAUAAUACUCAUGAAUUUAAUUUUGAAUCUAAAAAUUGCCCAAAAUGACAUGUUUUAGAAAGCAGCAACACAGAAGGUCGAGUUUUUUUUUUUUUUUUUUUUUUUUUUUUGGUCACUAAAAAGUUUACAGAUUCAGAGACAUGGAAAAAGUACUUUAUCAUCCACCAUUUAUUAUCAAAAUGACUCAAGAUCUAUUGGGGGCCAUUUUUCUUCCAGGAAAAUUGAUCUCUAAAUACUUAGGGAAGCAACAUGGCAUUGAUGGAACGGUGUGUGUUAGUGGCUCCCUACACAGUGACCUCAGGUAUCCCAGUACCUUCCCUUCAGUACAUACAACACUUUUUUUUUAAUGUGCUUCUCCCUCAAAAGAAACAUUUUGUCAAAAUGCCAAGCUAAAAAUCAAGCUACAGAAUCAUCCCUGCAGUCUACACCCGCUGUAACGCUGGGGAGUUGUAGCGUAACAUCCAUAACACAAAUACAGACACGAAUUCCAAGUCCUUGACAAUAGAUACGACUGGCAAUUCAUUGCAAAAGGAAACCCAGAACAUGGGGAUGUUCACAGAUAAUUUCCCGAAGGAAGCACCUACUCAGCCACUAAACUAAGGCUCCGGCCGGGCAUGGAGAAUCUCCUCUCGGUCGGGCUUCCCGAGCACCUCUGUUCAAUCACAUGAGCAGUAUUACGGGAGGAUCCAUUCGAUGUUCUGGACCGCCCAGGAGCACGCUUCUCCUCCCAGGGCCAAAGUCACACAGUCUUUAAAGCGGGGGCGGGGGGUGAGCAAGCAGGGGGGACCGGGGGGCCGUGGAGACGAGAGGAAGCCACCACGGCUAGUUCUGUGAAGGGGCCCUUUAGGGAAGCGCUGACAGAGAGAGCACACAUCUCACAAAGUGAAAAAGCUCAUCCUGUAAAUCGUGGUUAUUAGAAAUAAGCUAGUUAGCAUAAAUCUAAUUUACCCACAGGGUUCAUUUUCAUUGUUUCAAAAUAAACAUUUUACCCUGAAUCAGCCAACCUACUGUGGAAAAGCCAUCUAAAAGCCCCGUAACAAGCUAGAAGCAUGGAACAGUAGAGCCAGCAGUGAAUUCCCAUAGGGAAAUUUCUUUACAUGUGGUACUAGCAAUGCUAGCUAUAUUUUUAGGGUCAUUAAUCUGUAAUAAAAGAGUAAACAAUGGACUCCCCAGCAGAAAAGCCUGCCAGAGCCAAUCUGGCAGGUCUUAGCGGUGCUGGGAGCCAUGCAGGACCUAGCUUGUCCUCGAUAGGUCUGAGGAGAUAACUACAGUGAUAACACAGUUUUUUUCUCAAAACUUUUUAUUUGUGGCAUCUCCAAUUUGGAGGGUAGUCUCUGCUUCCCACAAAGACAGCAUCAGGAUGGCUGGAGGUGUGCCUACAGAAGGAGUACACCAUUAAGUGUCAUGUUAGGCAUCUAAUUGUUUAGAUAAGGAACACUGAUCCUAUGGAGGAAAAGAAAUGACUAACAAAGUCCUUGGAAAAAAUGCUUUCUUGGAUUACCAACGAAUAGCUCAACGUAGUAGGGAAAGCAUUUGUCCUUCGAUCUAGCCAUUGGUCAAGGUUGCAUGUGAAGAUUGCUUUGUAAGAAAACUAAUCCUUUCCAUUUUGGAGUAAAAAAGGGCAAGACUGCCCAUUCGUCGGAGCCUGUCCCAUGUCUGCGUCCUUUAACUUGGGGAAGCCACAAGUCCUGCGAAGAAGCAUCUGUCACUUUGCCUGUGGUUUCAAGCAAGCACCAAAGGAGACUUAUUAGUCGUGCGAACACACAUUUCAUUCGGAAAAAAAAACUGUAGUGACUAGAAAUGAAUGGAGUUGGGGGUUGGCGGAAACAGCAGUACAACAUGAGAAUCUCAUUUGGGUGUUUGGUCGAUAGGACCUACCCGUCGUACACAUUUCCACACCUUCUAAGCAGCAAAUUCUUGAGGGUUUUCACAGCCUUUAAGCUACAGAGUUGGGUAGGGGAAGGAAGAAGAAUUUCCUCU